AUGGCUUACCGCCUGGCAGUGAAACUAGUGGCCACAUGGAUCCGUCCAGUAACGAGGCAGCGCCAGCAUCCACUACAAGCACCCAGAAAGACAACCAGACCCCACAAACACCGUCGAGCUCAAGGGCGGGAAACUACGCCAUAUUACGAUGGCCCCCACACUCAAGAGAACAAGACUGCAAAGCCAACCUCCCACACAAGCUACUCACCAGCUCCGGGAACCGAUGCCCAGCGGGACUCACCUCCACCCCUCCAAGUCACAGCUGCAAACCAGUUGAACACUCUGCUAAAUACUGCCGGAGCGGAGCCCCAGUGCUGGGACACCUUCCGGGAGACCAACACUGACGACAGGAGACACGUCCAUGCACUGGGCAUUGGCUGA